AUGGAACAGACACUGAGCAAGAUACGACCGCACACGAAUUCGUCGCUGGCUCACCAAAAGGCGCCGGCGACGCUUCUGAGAGCACUCGAGGCUACGCUGGACGAGCAGAAGAUCGAGCGGACGCCGACUGCAUACUUUGCGGCGCUGUUGACGACUUUGGACGGUACACUGCAGAAAGAAAAGGACUUGGGUCUCUCGCUCGGCGAAGGUGAUGUACUCCCAGCAGAAUUGUAUCUUUUGUCGCUCGUCGUACCCUUCGUCCAAUCGCCCGUAAUUUGCUCCCACCUCAACACCUUGCUCUCCCUCACUGCCCCGCUUUUUCCACACCUUGUACCGCAUGCACCUGCCCUGCGUUCGCAAAUAACGAUAUACGGUGCCGUCGUCUUAGCGCUGGACCGAGCGCACCUCGAGAACCCAACCAUCAAGCAGUCAUUUGCGUCCCUUCUAUACUUGUGCCUCGAUCCGCGCCCGAAGGUCCGCAAAAAGGCCGCGGAAGUCGUCAAGGACAUUCUUGACAACCCGCCCGUCCCGCUAGCUAUCCAUCCGUACGCAGAGCGCGUCGCAGAAUGGGUUCAGAACACAUUGGCAGAGGUAAACUCUGGCGCACCGCAGAAAUUCAAAGGCAAAAAGGACGACUCGGAUGUUGCCGAGACCGCUAUUCACCUACUCGCCUUUCUACGCCCCGUCCUCCUCAAGCUGCCCCCCUCCUCCUUUCCCCCCAUCGCAUCCGCCCUCCUCUCCCUUCCCCGCCUCGCCAACCCGUACCUCUCGAACAGCGCAUACACCCUGCUCUCCUCCCUCCUCGCCACCCCCGACAUCGCCGACCAAACUUCGUCUAUUUUGCACGCCAUCAUCACCAACCCGCCGCUCAAGUCCGACACGACCCUCGCGCCGGCAUGGGUGCGUGUCCUCGGGCACGCCAUGCUCGCCUACCACGCCUCCGACGCCCAGGCGUGCGCAGGCGAGCUCCCGCGCGUGUGGAAGGUCGUGUGGACGUUCCUCGAGUCGGCUGACGGGCCUACGAGGGCGGCGGCGGCGGAGAGCCUGCACCUCCUCGCGCAGUGCUUCACGCCGUCUCUAAUUGCCGCCGCGGUCGAGGACCCCAAGGCCCCCGUAGCGAAGAUCGUGCACGACGCGCGCAAAGGCCUCGACGCUCUAGCGUUCGCGCGAGCCAUCCCCGAAGUCCUCGCGGUGAACUCGGCGCUCUUCGAUAACCUGCGCUUCCGCCCGGGCGGGUCGAGAACGGCGCCGACCGCUGCACAGACGCUCAUGCUCCCGACCUCGCAGAAGAUCGCGGAGCUACGCGUCGCAAAGGGCUUCGAGUUCAAGGAGGCGGCGGACGCGGCGCUGGGCGCGGCGAUGAGCGUGCUCGGCGCGCACGUCCUUCUCGAGGCCAUCCCGCUCAACAUCGAGCCUGCAGACCGACAAGCAGGCCGCGAGCCGCGCGCGUUCCUCCUGCCGCUGCUCGCGCACCCGCACCCAUCGCCGCUGGCCCACUUCGUCGCGUACUUUGUUCCCCUCAGCGAGCGCAUGUUCGACUACCAGCAACGCGCGGAGGGCGAGGGGCGCGCAGCGGAGGCGAAGCUCUGGAGCGUGCUUGUCGCGCAGGUGUGGGCCGGGCUCGUCGGGUACUGCUGGGGCACUGUGGACCUCCGCGAGAGCUUCACCCCGCAGUUCGCGCAGCUCCUUUCGCAGGUGUUGUACACGCAGCCCGAGCUGCGCGCCGCGGUCCUGCGAGCCCUGAAGGUGAUCAUCGACUCGAACGUCGCGCUCGCCACCGAGCGGGGCAGCGAGGCGCGACAGAAACUCCCCGCAUCUGUGGACGCAGACCGUAUCCCGCCCGAAGACGCGCAGGCGAACGUGGCUUAUCUGAAGACGCAGGUGGAGAGCUGGCUUGCGGUGCUGUUCAACUUGUUCUCGACGGCCGAUGACAGGAACAGUGUGGGCGAGGUCAUCGCUGCUUGGGCCGCGCUCGCUGACAGCAAGGAAGUAACGAAGGCCUAUGCCAAAGUGCUCGACUUGUUUAAGCGGCACGUCGCCAGCACAGACGAGGGCAGCGGCGGCGUGACAGCCACUACGCAGGACCUGCUCGUCAUCCUUCUCCCGUACCUCAGUGCGCAGGACGCGUCGGCGCUCUUCGACUUCUGCCUGAGCGAGCAGGUGCUCGCGCACCGGGACAACGCGGUGCAGAAGCGCGCGUACAAGAUCCUCGUGAAGCUCGCGGAGAGCGGACAGGCGGAGGUGAGAGCGGAAGAGGUGCUCGGCCGCCUACAGGCGGUCUUGGACAAGCUUGGCGCGGCGGGAAAGAAGGAGCGCUUCCAUCUUCUUUCCGUCGUGGUCGAGAGGAUCCCGGCCAACGCGCUGCACCUGAUACCCUCGCUGAUACCAGAGGCGGUGCUCGGGACGAAGGAGCCCUCGGAGAAGGCGCGCGGGGCGGCGUUCGACCUCGUGGUGGCCAUGGGCAAAAAGAUGCAGGAGGGGGGUACGGUUAAGCGGGAUAUGGUGGAUGGAAUGGAUGAGGAUGCUAGUGGCGAAGUUGCUGCGAGUAUUGAGGAGUACAUGACUAUGGUUGCGGGAGGUCUCGCUGGGGCGAGCCCGCAUAUGGUCAGCGCUACCGUCACUGCCAUCUCAAGACUAGUAUUCGAGUUCAAAGACUGGAUUUCACUUAAAAUGCACGACGAGAUAUUCUCGACAUUGCUCGUAUUCCUUUCCUCCGCCAACCGUGAAAUCGUCAAGUCGACUCUCGGUUACGUCAAGCUCGCCAUCCACACGCUCCCGACGGAUCUCAUUCGCCCGCAACUCCCGGACCUCGUCAAGGCCCUGCUUGGCUGGUCUCACCAGCAUAAUAACCACUUCAAGCUCAAGGUACGACACAUCUUCGAGCGGAUGAUACGUAGGUUUGGGUGGGAGCACGUAUACGCGUGUGCGCAGGAAGAGGAUGGGAGGAAGGUGCUGCUCAACAUCAAGAAACGCAAGGACAGGGCGAAGAGAAAGAAGGCCAUGACCGGGGACGCAGAAGAUGACGAAACGGGUGUUGCAGCGAAACCUGCAGCCGGCGACGCGUUCGAGGAUGUCCUGUAUGGCAGCGAGAGCGAGCUGGCAUCGUCGGAUGAAGAAGGCCCUUCUCAGCCCGCGAAACAAAAGAAGAAAGGUAAUAAAGGCGGCGCACGGCUACGUCUCGACGGUAAUGAGCCCAUGGAUCUCUUGGAGGGUGCUGCAUCACGCAUUGCUAGUGAGUCAUCUUCACGAAAUCUUGACGGCCGAAGGCGUAAACCUGGAAAGGACGCCGAUCGCUUCAAGACAAACGACGAUACGGGCAAGAUGGUCAUCGACGAGGAGAGUGAUUCUGAUGCCGCCCCGGCGGCUGAAGACGUUGUCGGCACUGCGUACCGAGAAAGCAUGACGUCCGCUGACGGAUUCACCCGCGGUCCCAACGGGCGUAUGAAAGCGAACAAGGACACAAAGAAAAGAAGAAGAGAGAAUGCCGAAGCGGACCAGGACGUCGAGAUGGAGGACGUCGCGGCCGCUCCAGAAGGGAAAAAGGGCAGCAAGCAACGGAAAACUGAAGCAAAGCUUGGACACGAGUUCAAAGCCAAGAGGGCCGGGGGCGAUGUCAAGAAAGGCGGAGUCGACCCCUACGCAUACUUACCACUGUCUCAAGCCGCGAAGAAGUCUGGUCGGGGACGUAAUAAGAUUGGCAUUGCUGGUAAACGUUGA